UGAACUGGACUAUCAUGAUGCUGUGAAUGUCAACGAUCGGUGCCAGAAGAUUUGUGACCAGUGGGACAGAUUGGGGACACUUACUCAGAAGAGGAGGGAGGCCUUGGAGAGGACUGAGAAAUUGCUGGAAACCAUUGACCAGCUGCACCUGGAGUUUGCCAAGAGAGCUGCCCCCUUCAACAACUGGAUGGAGGGUGCCAUGGAGGACCUGCAGGACAUGUUCAUCGUCCACAGCAUUGAGGAGAUCCAGAGCCUGAUCACUGCACACGAGCAGUUCAAGGCCACACUGCCUGAGGCCGAUGGGGAGCGGCAGUCCAUUCUGGCCAUCCAGAACGAGGUGGAGAAGGUGAUCCAGAGUUAUAACAUCCGGAUCAGCUCUAGCAACCCAUACAGCACCGUCACCAUGGAUGAGCUCCGCAACAAAUGGGAAAAGGUGAAGCAGCUGGUGCCUGUCUGGGAUCAGUCUCUGCAGGAGGAGCUGGCUCGCCAGCACGCUAACGAGCGCCUGCGGCGCCAGUUUGCUGCCCAGGCCAAUGCCAUCGGGCCCUGGAUCCAGAACAAGAUGGAGCACAUCCGUGUUGGGUGGGAACUGUUGCUGACGACCAUCGCCAGAACCAUCAAUGAGGUGGAGACCCAGAUCCUGACGAGAGAUGCAAAGGGCAUCACCCAGGAGCAGAUGAAUGAGUUCAGAGCUUCCUUCAACCACUUUGACAGGAGGAAGAAUGGCCUGAUGGAUCAUGAGGAUUUCAGAGCCUGUCUCAUUUCCAUGGGUUAUGACUUGGGUGAAGCUGAAUUUGCCCGCAUCAUGACCCUGGUCGACCCCAACGGACAAGGCACUGUCACCUUCCAGUCUUUCAUUGACUUCAUGACCAGAGAGACAGCGGACACUGACACUGCAGAGCAAGUCAUCGCCUCCUUCCGAAUCCUCGCUUCUGAUAAGCCUUACAUCCUGGCCGAGGAGCUGCGCCGAGAGCUGCCCCCAGAUCAGGCCCAGUACUGCAUCAAGAGAAUGCCCCCCUACUCGGGCCCAGGCAGUGUGCCUGGUGCCCUGGAUUACACCGCCUUCUCCUCUGCGCUUUACGGGGAGAGUGAUCUGUGAUGCCGUGUCUGUAAUCCCUGACCCCGUCAGACCACAAUAAAAGCUGAGGUUGUCUCCUGGAAA